AUGCGAAGCCUGCGUUUCGUCGUCAAUGUUAGGCCGGCGAUGUCUUUCUACGGAGCAGUGGGUCCCAACCUUCACCCGUGUGUGCGGUGCCUGGGUUGUCUCUGUUGUGCCUGCACAACAGAUUCGGACGAACGGACCGAGCUCGAUGCCCUCCGGCUAGAAAAUGACACGCUCAGAAGACACCUUGGAAGACUGGAAGACAAGGUUCAGAGAGCGGAGGAGAGUGCUAACCUGCCGGCGUACCAGGUACAACAGAUGGCCCAGCAGCUGCACCAUGGGCCGACGGAGGAGACCGACGUUCAUCUGCAGCAGCAGCAGAGGUUGGCAGAAAGUGCUGCCCCUCUCGAGGUCCGCCACCUUCAUGGCAUCCUUCAAUGGCUUCACCAAGCAAAGGCGGACAUGGUGGAGAACGACCGAAGCAAAGUCCAGCUGGAGGGCGACGUGCGGCUGUUGUACAACCUCUUGCAGAAGGCAAAGCGAGAAAGAAAGUCACACGACGGGAAGGUGCAACGCCUCGAGAAAUCCAUCGCGACCUCAAACGCCAGAGCAGUGGAGCUCCAGCGGAGGUCGUUCACGCGAGUCCUCAAGUCGGACAGAGACGUUUACGAGGCCAGGACUGAAGCGGCUGAGGCUAACGCAGAGCGCAGGGGCCAGGAAUUGAAGCGCCUGAUGACCUGGGUAGAGAAAGCGGAGUCCAAAUACGCCGAGGCGCUACGCAAGUUGUCCGCACAGGCGGAUGAUUUGGGAGCAGCUAACCUCGGAGACCUAGAGGGCUUCGCCAAAGACAUGUCGGAAGAGGUCUCCAAACUACGACAGGGAGUGGCAGAUUCCGUGCGAUCGAGAUCGAGAUCGAAGUUGAAGGGCCGGUCCUGCGGGCGAGAAGAGGGCUUGCAAGAGGGGAACGACAAGGGUAAAGACGAGGAAAAGAAAGAAAAUUAG